AUGUCUCUGCGUCCGUCCACUGCUCCUCUGCGUGCCCCUUUGCCUUCUCCUCCUGAGUCCUCUCUUCCUGCGCUUACCGACCCUGAGUCGGACUCUCUUCGUGCUGCCAGUCCUACUGUCACGCGUCUGCUUGCUACUGUCGUCACUGACCCCUCUUUUGGGUCCACUGCUGCGUCUGCUCUUGUCGCUGAGCUCGUCGACUUUGCUGCUCGCUGUCGUCUAGACUACGCUGCUAGUCUUGUUGCUGAGUCUGCGUCUGUCUGUCCUCCGUCCGUCGGGGGUGAGUGUGCUCUUGGCACGGACGUCCUAGAGGACAGGCAGGAGGAGUUCCAGUGUCUGGCUGCUGCUUCACCUCUUCUCACGUCUGUACUGCUUGCUCCUGAGGGAGACCCGGAUGCACUAGACAUCCCGACUCCGCGCUCUUACGCGGAGGCCGUAGAGGGUCCCUACUCGUCUCAGUGGCAGGCAGCUAUGGAUGCAGAGAUGGCUUCCUGGAAGUCCACAGGCACCUACGUUGACGCGGUUCCCCCGCCUGGGGCGAACAUCGUCAGUGGCAUGUGGAUCUUCAGGGUGAAGCGGCCGCCGGGUUCUCCGCCUGUCUUCAAGGCGCGGUACGUUGCUCGUGGCUUCAGUCAGCGGCAGGGAGUUGACUACUUUCAGACCUUCUCUCCCACCCCGAAGAUGACUACUCUUCGGGUGCUGCUGCACAUAACCGCUCAGCGCGACUACGAGCUUCACUCUCUCGACUUCAGCACUGCGUUCCUGCAGGGUAGCCUGCACGAGGAGAUCUGGCUGCGCCGUCCACCUGGCUUCACUGGGACUUUCCCUCCGGGCACCCAGUGGAGCCUCCGACGGCCAUUCUAUGGUCUCCGCCAGGCACCGCGUGAGUGGCACGACACACUGAGGACUACGCUUGCGGCUCUUGGGUUUGCUCCCUCUACUGCUGACCCGUCGCUGUUUCUGCGCACCGACACUUCUCUGCCGCCGUUCUACAUCCUCGUGGACGUCGACGACUUGGUUUUUGCCACAGCGGACACUGCUGGACUCGCCUACGUGAAGUCCGAGCUGCUGAAGAGACACACGUGCACAGACUUGGCUCUGCCUUCGGAUGAGUCCGUAGAGUCGAGUGGCCCGUACCCAGAGCUUGUUGGCUGCCUCAUGUACCUGAUGACCUGCACACGACCUGACCUGGCAUACCCUCUGAGCAUUCUUGCACGCUAUGUUGCUCCUGGGAGACACCGACCAGAGCACAUGGCUGCAGCGAAGAGGGUAUUGCGCUACCUGUGCAGUACGUCGGGCAUGGGGCUAGUGCUUGGAGGGCGGAGUCCAGUGGUCCUCACAGGGCACGCGGACGCUUCUUGGGCUGACGACCAGGCUACACAGCGGUCGUCACAGGGUUACACCUUCAGUCUUGGUUCCGGCUCUGUUUCGUGGCGGGCUACUCGUUCGUCUUCGGUUCUCAGCUCCAGUUGUGAGGCCGAGAUCUACGCCGGGGCCAUGGCUGCACAGGAGCUUCGCUGGCUCACCUACCUGCUGACUGACCUUGGAGAGCCGCCUCGUUCUCCUCCAGUGCUGUACGUAGACAACAAGGCCAUGCUGGCCUUGUGUCGAGAGCAGCGUCUGGAGCACAGAACGAAGCACAUUGCUCUUCGCUACUUCCUUGCUCGUGAGCUACAGCAGCGUGGACAGUUGCGGCUUGCGUACGUGGCCUCUGAGGCCAACACUGCUGAUGUGUUCACCAAGGCACUCGCGCCUUGUGACCAUCAGCGCUUCUGCACCCAGCUGGGUCUUGUGCCUGUCUUGCCUCACUUGCUCUCCUCUUGA